AAUCGACCGAUCAGCGCCGGCGGAAAUUACACGCGACAUAUCCGCCUGGGAGCGAUGGGGCGAUGGGUUCAAGGCCCCGCAAGAUAAUCUGCAUUAUCUUGCAGUUGUAGAAAGUUGUAGAGAACACUUGUGGCGUUUCGGGCCUGUCCGUGGUGUUUUGCGACUCUCUGCGUGGCACACGUGUGCGAGAAAAGAAAAAAAUAUCGCUAACACGUGGGCGGUCCAAGCCCAUGACGGUUGGCACCCAUCGCGCAGCACAUUAGAGUGUGCUUCAGACACCUUUGUCAACCAUGCUCAACGGAAGCAGCAAGUCGCGCGAGACGCUCAAGGAGUUCCUCCGCAAACGAGUCGAAUCUCACCCGGGCAUUUCCAUCCAGAAGUUGACUGGCCACCUGUCCCAGCUUCCCGCCGAAAUCCGCAUGAAGUAUGGCGGUAACGUCGACUCCAUCCGUCGAGUGCUCGAGCAGUUUCCCGACAUCUUUGUAAUUCGCAACCACGAUCAGGUCCACGUCACCACGUCGAAGAGUUCCAGCAAGACGACGGGGGCGUCGUCGUCCGCGGGCGGUAGCGAUGACGAGACCACCACCCUGACGGGUGCUAAGGGAAAAGUUUAUCGUUUGUUCAAGACGUACGGAUUCAUUUCUGUGCAGCACCCGAUUAGCACGAGCGUCUACUUUAGCCUGCGCUCGUUUGAAAACGGACAGCAUUCGAGUCUCCUUUCGUCCGGCCUUCAGCUCGGAGACGGCGUCGUUCUAGACGCGGAGGUGGGCCCGAAUGACUGCGAGGCCAAGUUUCGCGCUAGCAGAGUGGCGCGUAUUAAGGGUGGGAAUGCCGCGACUCCGUCCGAUUCGUCGUCGCCGGCACCGCAGACUAUGGUGUUUACGCCGCUCGUAAACCGAACCGGCGCCAUAGAGACGCUGAAGGACGAGUUCGGUUUUAUCAAAUUGGAGAAGGAACAGGAGUGCGCCUUCUUUCACGCGGCUGAAAUUGAGAGGUACCUCGGGACGGCCGUGCCUGCGCUGCCCGAAGUGCUGGCCGUCGGGGACAAGAUUCGCUUCGACGCUGACCUCAACAAGAACACGACCGCGAGGGCCAAGUGGGUCGUGACGACCAUACACAACAUACAGAACGUUCCUCCAUGCCAUUCGGGGAGCGAGACGGAAGGCAGCGAAAUAGCUCCGGGUACGAUCAUCAAACGAGACGGACUCAUACAAAUGGUCAAACCGGAGUUUGGUUUCAUCAAGUUUGGUACGAACUACCGGGACCGCGCCUUCUUUCACCUCAACAACGUUGUGAUGCCCCCGCGCGACACCAUCAAGAGCCUGCCGGACGUGUUCGCCAUCAACGACCGCGUGCACUUUGAAGCCAAGCCGAGCCAGAAGCCUUCCGAGAAGGUCAAGUGGCAGGCGACGACGGUGUGGCUAAGUGAGUUCGGGCCCAAGGGUGACGGACUCGAUUCUGCCGACGAGAGCGGUAACGAGGUGUUCCUUUCGGAUGACGAAUCAGACAUUAUGGACCUCAUACAGGAGCGACUGGCUGCAGACACUGACGAUGACACCGAGGACGACAUUCUGGGAGCCGGAUCGAGGCUACCGGCCGCCUCGUCAAACACGAUAGUCGACGGACUGAAGCAGUACCUGCGACCCGUCAGCCCCGAUUUGUUGACUCUCCCCAAGGACCCGAAAACUUUGUUCAACGACUUUCACAAGGACGACGCAUUUAGCCCGCUGCCCCAGUCGGUCGAGCCAUCCAUCGUCAUCUUCCGGGGCGCGACCGGACUCGUCAUGGACGUCACGGAUUACGGUGCUACCGUUGAGGUCCAGGACCAAGCGUGUUCGGUGGGGUCCCUGAAGGUGAACUUCCUCAGUGGUGUUUUUUACAGCGACGGGGUGCGGUGUACAAAGCGUCUGUGUGAAGUGCUUAGCAGUGGAGAUGCGGUGUCGCUGGACUUCAUGGUGGGGAGCAACGGAGCGCACGAAGAGGUGCGAUGCGACCUGGUGUGGCAGGGGGCGCGACCCCAGGGUGUGAUUCAGAUGAGCCCCGAGGAGUUCUGCCGUCGGCUGCAGAUCAAGGUCCCCAUACGUCACGGGGGACCCUCGUACGAGGACUUUCAGCGAGAAUUAGAGGAGUCGGGCCACCGCAUGUCCGCGCACACGAGUAUAUCGGACAGCAUCAACCCACACCGGCGGAGGAGCCACCACAGUCCGCCGUCCUUCCCGCCGACAUCCAGCGAAGCUUCGCCGUCAUCGCCAUCGGGGAGCAUUCAUGGGGAUCGUGCCAUUCCAAAUGGCAUCUGUGUUGGAAAUUCUCUCGCAACUAGUGCCCUCUUUUCCAACGACAUAAGCGAAAAUGUGCUUCGUCGUGUCGCCAGGAUCAUGGCCGAAGAGCUUCAUGCGCUGCAGCAGCAGGAGCGGUUGGCCAAGGGAUUGGUUCGUGACGUGGGCACGCAGACAACAGAACGCGGCGUGCGUUCCAUUCCAUGACGAGACUCUUGACACGAAGAGGAAGAGGACUUAAAGAAAAAUGAAGAAGACAGAUAACGGUGCUCCUUCCGAGUGCCCGACGAGCGUCGACCUUGACGUCGUCACAUUGUGCCUUGGAAAAACGGGGGGGAGGGGGAAGGAAUUGUGUGUAGUUGCCGUGGUUAGUUGUGCCUUGGGGAACGUCUUUUUUUUUUUGCAUGUGACAUCGUCACAGGAGGGAACCUGGUUCCACGGGCCUGCUUCCUUGUUUCUUUUUCAUUGUUAUGUUUCAUUCCUGAUUCUUUUUUUAUUUCAUUCCUUUCGUUUCAUUCCAGUCGUGCACGUUUCUUUCGUGCUGGCAGUUCUACACAGACUAUUACUCUGUCACUGAUGUUUUUUUAUCAGCAUGUGGCUGCUUUCAGCGUCAGAGUUGCAAGUUCAACUUGCUCAUGACCUCAGGGUAGCGCUAAAACUGAAAGGGCACUGCCUGUCUAACUAUGUUAGGUGCUGGGGAAUUAGUAGUUAGAUGUUCAUGGUCUUGGGAGCGGUAGUGCUGAGGUGACGGAUAACUAAAGAAAGACGCAAAGCGUACUUAGUUCCCAUUUUCUUUCUUUCGUUUCAUGCCACUUUAGCGCUGCCUCCAAGACCAUGAAUCGUCGUAUGGCCCAUUUUACUUUCUUGUGAACCAUUCAUUUGUGAAACUACGAAACCAAAUCGCUGCAUUCCGUGUGAAGUGGCACUGUUCGACAUUUGUAUGCGUCUCGUUUUCGAGUGUUUCGCAGUUUUUGAGAUAACACUGCCCGCAAUUUUUCCGAAUUGCGUGCAAGCAGGGAAUCAAACCAGUGGGGUGUACAUUGAAUUGGGAAAACUCAGCUAAGUAUUGAUAAGCACUUAUUACUCCAUAAUCAUUGUCGGGGGAAUAGCAAGUGAUUUGAUUAUCUAAUGGAGAAAACUAAUUGCGUUGUUAUAUGCUUGCUGCGUUAGCACAUAUUGAGAGUAUCGUGUGCAUGGGUGUCAAUUUUGCUGCUGAACACAAAGCCCUGAUUAAAGAGCUAAAUUAUAGCGAGUACAUUGCGGACGAAGUUGUGCUGACUAGCGCACGGCUUGAAAUACUCAUUGCCCGUGUUUUCAAAAUUAGAGAAGAGUUCGUUAUCAAGUGAGCGAAAGCAUAUUUCAUGCGUUCUAGGUUAUGAAUUGGUGCUAAGCCGUAUAAGGGCACGGUUGACUUGCAUUUCCAUUUGCUGGCAUUUGAACAAAUGGCAUUUACUUGAAGUUCCAUUUGCUUUGGCAUUUCACGUAAAUGAUUUUAGCGGUUAACAGAAAUAACAAACGUGUGAAAUUCCAUGCCGAGCAGCCACGAGCGUGUAUUUCAACAUUCCGGAAGUCCCCGAUGUCAAAAGUUAAGUUAAAUGGGAGAGCUGAAAUGGUAAAAAUUAAUAAGCAUACUCACUUGGAAGAAGGUGACAACAUAUUUCUCAGGUUCAGCUCAUUCCGGUUAUUCAACGUACAGUUUAAAAUAUGAAAUGAUGGUGGCAGUUUAGAUGAGAGCUAGCCCUAAAACGCACACGGGCCCGCAUUGACAUUGGUCUGUAUUCGUGAUGGAAUUUCAAACAGACGAAACUGGUAUUGCUUAUAGGCAUAUCUUGUGUGAAUGUGAUAUGUAACCGAACACAUAGUUUAAAAUGGUAGCCAUAAUCAGUGUUAUCACUAUCGAAUCAGUUAUAAAAUAGCUGAAAAUUUGCCUGCUGAUAGCGUUGGAGAACAUUUCAGUUUCUAAGGGUUCUGUGGUUACCGUCUUCUCCACUCCGCUUGUUCUCCAGUACUGUUUGCAGUCUACGUGAACCUAAAUAACUUGGUAAUUUGUCUUGACAAAAUUACCCUACAGAUUUCGUUUGUUGCAAUGUCGCACUUUGCUAAACAUAUAGCGAGCAUAUUAGUUGAGUGCUAUUCGCGUGAAAGUGACAAAUUAACCACUUGUGCAAUUAGUACUUAAGUUGACCUGCAAAUGACACCAGAGAACACGCAGGUCUCGAAAGGUUUCUUUGUUAUGCCUGUUCCCCGACAGCAUUUGCACCUUCCGCUAAACUGGGUAAAAGCUAGCGGCGCGUUUCGACGAAAAUGUUCAACACUGCCCAGCGUACUUCUUUUGUUGUGAAGUUGUACUGUGCUACGUAGUUUUCGAUGCUCAAGUGACGACCUGACGUACUUUACCGUGAAUGAAUCGACGUCAAUUGACGCGGAAGCAGACGGGUGUGGAACCACGUUCCAUCUUGUUGAUUUUUUUUUUUUUUGUCUUUUGUUGGUACUCACUUUAUUCGUGAUAGCAGUCUAGCUGGCGACGGUCAUGCCUUUGGUGUGCUUGUUAAAACACACUCCACGGCUAUCCUCUUUUGCGUGUGCCAAAUUGUGAAUUGAAACGACGAGGAGGCAAGACUGAUUUUUUUGCAGGCCAGAACAUUUGAGUCCCCGAUUCCCUACGUGCUUUCACACAACGCCAAGAUCGUUAUUGUUACGUUUUUUUCUCCUCCUACAAUGGGUGUUGUUAUAGGCUCGCGACGUAUAUGGAUUUUCUUUGUUCUACAUUAAUUUCAGAUCUGUACAGAUUUCUACAAUGUGCUGUUUUUUUUUUUCUCUCGCAUUUUUUCCUCCUCUUUUUUUUUCUUUUUUUACAGAAUGAAUUUCUAAAGUGCUCAAGAUUGUAAGGUUCCAAUGAUGUGCGCAUGUUUUUUUUUUUUUAUCUAUUGACUUGUGUUGUCCCUUACUUUGUGACGUGAGGUGUUAAAUAAAGAUGAAGCUUUCACGUGUUUCA